UGGUGAGAUCUGCAGCGAGCGCUCAAUGUUUGCAAGGUGCUCAAUUGGAGCACCGCGCAGCCUGAGAUAUGCUUCUAACCCACCCUCCUUGAGGGCACGGGCACGCUACAACUCCACCGCCGAAAAUCCCAAGGAAACUCCCGAUGUCCCUAGAUCUCGCUUGUCGAAGCGCGGCUUGUUCGUCGCAGCGUGGACAGCCCUAGUCGUUGUAGGCGGGUGGCAGGUCUACAGGUACAACCGCAAAAGCGAUGCCUUCGUGGCUUAUACGCUCGUCUCCAAGGAGCCAGUCUCUUCGACCGCCAGCAUAUUCCACCUCGAGCCUAAGGAAACCUCUUCAAACUUCGAGCUGUACAAAGACGCAUGGAGAAGAGGGAUAUGGAACGUACAUUUCAAGCAACCACAACUACAGAUCGUGCGGGCCUACACACCUCUGCCGCCUGUCGACGAAAGCACAGGCCGGGAGAAGGAUGAAUUGCGGUUCCUGAUCCGUAAGGACCCUCACGGCGAGGUGUCAAGCUAUCUACACAGGCUACCCAUAGGAGCGGCGAUCGAGAUGCGCGGGCCGAAUCUAGAAUACGAGCUCACACCGGACGUUCGGCAAGUGGUCUUUUUCGCAGGCGGAACCGGCAUCGCACCGGCAUUGCAGGUCGCGCAUGCGCUGUUCGAAGGCAACAAGAGCGAGGGAGACAACAAGGGCUUGAAGAAACUGCAUAUUCUUUGGGCGAACAGGAUGCGAGAAGAUUCUCAAGGUGGUGUCAGUGAUGCUCCGCCGGAGGAGGCCGUGCCGCCGAAACCGACGUGGUCUGGGUUGUUCUCGAGACCGAAGGCAAAGGUCUUAGCACCCCGAGUGUCGCAUGAUAAGGGCUUGAUCGUGAAGGAGUUGGACGCUCUCAAGCAAAAGUACCCUGGUCAAGUCACGGUUGAGUACUUCGUCAAUGCGGAGGAUACCUGGAUUGACGAGGACGCCGUUUUCAGAGCACUGGCUCGCUUCGACGACAAAGCUUUUAGUGCCGGGACGGCCAGCACGCCGUCGGAACAAAAGCAAAUCCUGAUCUCGGGACCGCCGGGGUUCAUCUCGUACUUGGCUGGACCGAAGGAAUGGAGGAAUGGCAGAGAGGAGCAGGGCUCGGUGAGCAGGAUCCUGGCUCAUGCGAUCUCGAAAAACCCGCAUCAUGUCAAGGUUUGGAAGAUAUGAUAUCCCUAAUGGUAUUGAUGGGGGAGGAGCCGUUGAUCGAUUUGUUCUCACGCAAUAUGCAGGCACUUGGCGGGGAUUGUCCUGAAGCUGGAGGGCAAUCCCUCUGCGUCCGUGAUGGACAGUGUGAUGGUCGCAGCAAACACGGUGACACCACUGCAGAGUUGCGAGUGCAAGUGCGAGUACGGGAGAAAGCCCAAGCCUUGCAUAGUGCUGAGCACUGGCCUGAAUGUCCGCAGGACUUAUUGCAAGACGCGAAGAGCCCAACACACGGUCUGCGGCUGGCACCAAUUACAAAAUGUCGGAGCUGCGACUGCACAUGUUUCGUGCAUGAGCAUGUCACCAGGAGGCGCUGCACUGUGCAGAUCGACUUCAAGCGCGAGUCCUGGGCUGGUCAGGGCCCGAGACCUCUCGAUCUCUCCGUCAGGGGUUAGAGGCGAGGCUCGCGCGCUUCGGUCCAUGCCCGUCCUGCGCAGGAGCAAGGCUGAUUCAAGAAUGUGUCUAUAUCUGCGUCUGCGACGGGUAUCCACGUCAAAAGGGGUUCCUGUGUGGCGCUCGCGUGCAAAGCAGAGUGCAAAAGAGAUAGCGUUGUUCAAGGCCAAUGUACGAUAGGGAAUGGAAUUUCCCCAAAAGUGUGUUUCAAGGAACGACUUGACGACGCCAGGUCAUCCUAUCGGGGUGUUAUUAAUGUAUGUAAUGUGUGCUCGUCGUGGCUAUCUUCAUAUUCGCCAAUCCUCGAAGGAUUCUUUCUGCUGGGCCGAAUUCGACCUCUAGACAAAACAGGAAUACCCAACCUUGACG